AUGCAUCCCCCCCGAACGACCGCCGUAUCAUCCUCUGAUCACCUCACUCGGGGCGAAAUAGAAACCAUCACAACGUUGGAAAGGAUAGGAGGAGCUAUCAGCCUUGUGGCCGUGUGCUUCAUCUUCGUCGCGUAUGCGCUUGUGCGUCGAGCCCGCAAUGUUCAAAAUACCUUCAUCGUGUUUGCCAGCAUUUCCAACGUCGGUGCAAGUAUAGCCUGUAUCAUUGCGCUGGAUGGAUUGGUUCUAGGUGAAGCAACAUCAUUGUGCCAGACACAGGCAUUUCUGUUCGAGAUGUUUAUGCAAUCUGACCCUUGGUGGUCCUUGGCCAUGGCCAUCAACGUCGUUCUCGUCUUUUAUUUUCGUACGAGCCCAGAUUCCUUCCGUCGCUGGUGGUGGCUAUACUGUCUGAUAUGUUAUGGCGGGCCAUUCGUCAUUGCCUUGUCGUUGCUACUUAUACGGAAUUCGCCCAAGGGGCUGGUAUAUGGAGAUGCAGUUGUGAGAAGCACCACCCCUAUCCGCUUCGUCUUGCCUACCGCCAUCAUGUCUGGUGGACUAACUCGCUACGCACUGGUUGGAUACCACGUAUUCCGAUCCCGAAACAGACUUCGUAGCUUCUCCGUGUCCAAGAGCCGCGAGGCAGGCCACAGCGACCAUGUUUCCGCCGCCGAUCACAGCCAAAGCGACGGUUUCUAUGGAACCGUCACCACCGAAGUCCUCGUCACGCACACCUCGGCAAGCAACCUCGUCCACCCCAAGAGCGCACACACCGCCCGGCACCGGGAACCCGCCUCCUUUCCGGGCGCCACGCUCCGAUCCUCUGCGGACGCUGCGGCAUUCACCUCGAGCGUGUCCGCCCCGCCUCGCCGUCAGGAUCUGCGGCUGCUCAACCCCAUCCACCGCACGGUGUCAGCCUGCAAAUCCGUCGCCUCCAAAUUCUCCGUCGAGGACCCCAUCAAGCGCGCGUACCUGCGGACAAGUCUCCUCUUCGGCCUCAGUGUCCUGGUCACCUGGAUCCCCAGCAGCAUGAACCGCAUCCACAGCUGGAUAAAUGGCGACUCCCCAUACACGUACCAGGUCGCCAGCGCCGCUGUGCUGCCCCUGCAAGGAUUCUGGAACUGCGUCAUAUUCUUCGUCACGAGCUGGAGGGCAGUCAAAGACGACGUCAUGUACAGGGCUGGCAGGAUGCCGCCGGCAUCACAUAAUGACAGCAGAAUAGGGACGCUCGAGAGGACCGUGAAUAGAGAAGAGAGUAGGGCCUCGACGGAUGAUGAAGCCGAGUCUUUACAUACACGUAGUGAUGUCGAGUUGCGCGCGGUCGAGCACACAGCUACGAAAGGGGUAGCUGUGUGA